CAUUGGCUACUUGUUUCGCUGGUAGUACCCGCUACUGGAGUGGGAGGCAGAAAUUUUUUGCUACUAUAGUGCCUUUUCUGGCUUUCCUGGUAUUUUGUUUGUUUCUUCUGUUCUGGUGGUUGAUGUUAUUUUUGUUUAUAAUUUAAAUUUUACUAUACUCUCCCAACAACCAAUGGUUUGCAAUGCUUAGUAGAAACACACAUUUUUAAUUUCUACUAAAAUUAAAGCCCUUGUCCUAAUUGUAAAGAAUAACUGUCUUUCUUUUUAAAUUAAACUCCUGCAAUUUUUCAAUAAAAUGAGGGCCAAAUUUGUACUUAAAAAAUCACAUGAAGUAUUACUUGGCUGCAAGAGGGCUCUUAAAAGUUUCUCCAGUAUUCCAGGACCCAAAUCUCUUCCAGGAAUUGGUACUCUGCAUAAUUACCUUCCUUUAAUAGGUACUUAUAAGUUCACUGAACUUCAUCACAAUGGGCAUAAAAAAUACAAUAAAUAUGGACCUGUGGUAAAAGAAGAAAUUGUCUCAGGAAUUAAUAUUGUAUGGCUGUUUGAUCCUGAUGAUAUUGAGGUAAUGUUCAGGUCUGAGGGCAAGUAUCCACAAAGGCGAAGUCAUUUGGCUCUUGAAAAAUUUAGGUUGGACAGACCUAAUGUGUAUAAUUCCGGAGGCUUAUUACCAACAAAUGGCCCAGAGUGGUACCGCUUAAGAAAAAUUUUUCAAAAAGGCCUCAGCGGACCGGCCGCAACUAAAAAAUUCCUUAAAGGUACUGACGAAAUAAUCGACCAAUGGUUACAACGAAUAGAAACCAUAAGAGGGAAACCCAAUUUAGACUACUUGCCAGAAAUAUCUAGAUUAUUUUUAGAAUUGACUGGUUAUGCAUCCUUAGAUCAUCGGUUUAAUAGUUUUUCAUACCCUGAAUUAAACAAGCAUUCAAGAGCGUCAAAAUUAAUCGAGUCCGCUUAUAUUACCAAUACCUGCAUUUUAAAGUUGGACAAUGGCCCUCAGAUGUGGAAAAAAUUCGAUACACCCAUGUAUAAAAAAAUGCAAACGGCUCAAUUGUAUAUGGAAGAUGUCGCCAUAGAUCUGCUUUCAUUAAAAAUGUCUCUUUUUUCUGAAACUGACAAUAACAAGGGUCAAACCUUAUUGGAACAAUACUUGUCUUGUCCAGAUCUAGAUUUUAAAGAUAUUAUUGGAAUGAUUUGCGACUUUCUUUUGGCAGGGAUUGAUACAACGACAUAUUCUACAAGCUUUUUAUUAUAUCAUGUGGCAAAAGCGCCAUCAGUUCAAAUGACCCUAUUUGAUGAGGCAAAAAAAUUGCUGCCAAAUAAAAACAGCCCUGUAACAGAGGAAGUUCUAAGUAUGGCUUCAUACUCCAAAGCAGUACUUAAAGAGUUGUUUAGAUUAAGACCCAUAUCUGUUGGUGUUGGCAGGGUUUUGAGCCAAGACGCGGUUUUUUCUGGAUACCAGGCUCCUAAAGGGACAGUUGUAGUGAGUCAGAACCAAAUAUCUUGUCGCCUGGAAAAGUAUUUUUCAUGCCCAAAUGAAUUUAAACCUGAAAGGUGGCUAAAAGAUAAUCUCCUAUAUAAAAAGAAUCAUCCCUAUUUAUUGUUACCUUUUGGUCACGGCCCUAGAUCAUGUAUAGCCAGGCAUUUAGCUGAGCAGAACAUGUUGGUUUUGCUUUUAAAGGUAAUUCGCAAUUAUAAAAUCGAAUGGCAUGGCAACGUCCUGGAUUCGAAAUCGUUGCUGAUCAAUGCACCUGAUUCGCCUAUUCUACUUAAAUUUCAGCCGAGAGCGUAAAUAAGUGAUUAGGGGUAUGUUUUUAUAGUUUCAUUGUGACUCGAUACCAUUAUAUUAUGAUAAAUUAUUAAUAUUAAGACAAGUUUAUUUUUAAGUUAAAAAUUAAUUGGAAUAAUUUAGGAUAUUAUUUUAAGAAAAAGAUUUUACCGGGAUAAGGUGUUGGUUAAGUACGUGGCUGAACUUCAAAAGAGUGGUUCUUUGACUGAGUUUAAGAUGAAAAGUGUCGAUAGUUUUUUUUUUAAUAAUCGUUUAUCGUAAAAAUAUUAAUAAUUGGCCAGUUUUUGGAAAUUUGUGUUAUUUAUGAUAGAAAGAGCUUAUUUAGAAGUAGGGGAGAGUUGGACGGGGACUAGUCCAAAAAUUGACUGUAUCUUGUGGUAUGUUAGAGUAGCAAACGUUUGCUAUAUAUUGAAAUGUAAUGAUUGAAAGAAUAAUGUUAAUUUUUUUAAUAUUCUUAAAUCUUUAUUUUUUUUAUUUUUAUGAAAAUAUUGAAAAUCACCCGGUUUUGCCCAACCGGCAUGAUAAAACCGAGCAGUAACUUAAUUGUCAUGUAAAAAACACUAAUAGGCAGAAAGUAAAAUAUUAAUUGAAAAUAUGUGAACAAAAAUCGAAAAUCUAUAAACAGAAGUCGCAAAUGAAAACUUCAUCUACACUUCAUGAGCUCAUUUAUUGCAUUUUAUCAAGCCUUUCUUCAUUUUAGAUUAUGAAAAUAGCUGUCUAAUUUUAGUGCAGCCUUUUUUACCCCAAAACAAAAGUAAAAACUCAAAGGCAUGGCCUCAUUAAACAUAUAUAUAAUUAUUAAACGAUACACGUGUUUCGCUCCUAUCGGAGCAUGAUCUGGGCUGGGAUUCUAAAAUCACGAUUCGACACGAUUACUCGAUAUGACUGAUUCUAAAUAAAAUGUUCAGUCGUGAGUGUCUUGCGGAUUGCCUAGUUUUUAACGAUUUGUCGACGACACGCUUGGGUAUAUCGUAUACACCAUACGAUAUAGCUUCUUCCUUUUUUAAUACGUGCAUAAUGUAACAGCAUCCUUUUUUAAACGUAUUUGUUUCAUUUAUUGUUUACCAAUAGUCAUACCAGGCAUUUUUAGUUAUUAUAUACCUAUAUUAUCUAUGAUACCAGGUUUUCAUUAGUAUAUCAAGAAGCUUUCUUAAACACAACAACUAAUAGAUUUAAUUCGACCCUAUUUUCCACAACCUUCUGUUAAUAAUAGAGGCAGAGGAAAUAGAGUUACCAUUGAAUGGGCAGUUUUACUAGUUUUAGUACAUAUAUCAAGAUUUUAUGCCCAUAAAAUUACUGAAAUUAUUGACACCUUGCUGACCGAUUCAUUAAUUUUUUCAAAUAUAAGAAAUUAGAGAAAUUAUUAAAUUAACAUUUAUAGAGAGAUCCAAUUUCCCCUGGUGUUCUAGGUCCUAUUGAUUGCACACAUGUUGCCAUAUUAAAACGUUUAAACAUACCAAAAGUGGAUGAACACAACAAGUUUUUGUGAUUUUCCAUGAAUUCAAUUAUGAUUUUCCAAUGGAUAGUGAUGGUUUUAAACAAUUUUUUAUUUUAAAGAAAUAAUAUAGGCAUAUAUUUAAAUAAAAAAACACGAAGGCGAAAAAAAAUAACAAAAUAAAUGAAAAUUCUUAGUGUUUAUUAAUAGAAAAGACAAUUGACGCUUCCAUCUGUCAAAUAUUAGGGAAAAUAACAAAUAUAUACCAAGAAACCUAAAUCAAAUCGAAUAAAACGAGUUUAGCCGACGAUUGAAAUUUAGAAUCACCCUUGUCAUCACGACUGAGUCGCGAUCGAAUUUGAAGUCGUGAUCGUAUCGAGAUCGAGUCGUGAUUUUAGAAUCCCAGCCCAGGCCCAAAAAUAAACAAAAAAUUCAAAUCAAAAGGUAGGUUAGGUUAACAAUAUCGUCAGUAAAUAAAAAUAGUAAAAUGUCACAAGUGGGGAACGAUUCAGCAACCUAAAGAUUGACAGGCGCGCAUUUAACCUAUAGGCAACGAACAAUUUAAAAAGGCAAAUAGUCUGAUAAUUAAGGCUUGGUUUUCCUUAAACCCAGGGAGCUGAUAUUUUAUACGAAUGCUCGAAAGUCAAAACUGGACCUGUUAGAAAAAAUGGAUAUACGUUUAAUUUCACGUUUAAACCUCAUCUCAGUUACAACAACCUCUCUUUUUGAAUUCAAGUAAUUUUCUUUUUAGUUUUUAUUGUUAGGAUAUUAUAUACAUUUAUUGAUAUAGUUAGGAUGUUUUUCCGAGUUUUGUUGUGUGAUUUGGUGGUCUAUAGGUUGAACGCGCGCCUUUGAAUUCUAAGAUUGCCUGAACAUUUUACGUUUGUUUUGUUGUUUGUUUGGUAUAUUGGAAAAAAAAUGGGUAAUCUGUUUCAACUUUUUUAUUACGUUUUUUCCAUGUUUGGCCGGUUCAUGUAGCUAUAAUUUUACGACUGGAGAUUUUUUUAAAAUGUUCUAACUCAUACUUAUAAGGAGAUGAUAUUAUUAGAGCACCCUUUCCUCUUUUCCUGGUAUCGUUGGAUAUCGGAAAAAUCUCUUUUGGAGAGACUGAAAAACCUCAUAUUGUGGUUACAUGGUUUUGGUUAUAUUGCUUGUAAACUAUCAGAUUUAGUAGUAGCAUAUUUAGGAGAUGAAGAGAUGUUAGUGAGAUUUGCAGUCCGGGAGUUUAAGGAUGUACAGAUUGAUUGGGGAAAAUUGAUACAAGAAGAUGAAUCUACGGUGUCGUAAAUUCAUCUUCUUGAAAAUUCCGGACAUCCUGAAACCAUUUAUUUCAGUUUGCUUAAUUGCAAAUUUAACUAAAUAAUAAUAUUUGUAAUACGUCUUCCAGGAUGCUGGCGCAUCCAUUUUCUAACUUCUUUUCCAUUUUAUCAACAUUCCAUACUUGCUCAGGAGGAAACUUGUAAACUUCAUAAACUUGUGUUAUUUAACACAGUAAAAAACUUUUCUAAUUGAAUUAGCUUCUGGAGUCGUUAAUCAAUGAUUUGGAUGCCGUGACGAAAGCGAACCAACCCAACAAUCACCAGCCGUUUUCUUUUCUGUAUUACAAUAUUGGUUGAUGUUAUUCUGUACAGCUAGUUCGUAAGCAAGAAUUUUUAGUUCAGAUAAAGUAAAUUAACUAAAACCGUUAAUCGAUCCAGUCAUAUCUUUCUAAUGUAAACUUUCAUAGUUUCUUCUUCACACCCGUGGUAACAGCAGAGCUUAGCAAUACAAUGUAUUUUACAUAAAUAAAAUAAAAUGUUUUCAAACCUGCAACUCAUUCUGCCAAAAUGGAGUUUUUCCGAACUAUCUUAAGACUGCGAUAAUUAUUCCCUUGCAUAAAGGAGGAGAUAAAAAGGAAGUUUCGAACUAUCGCCCAAUUGCACUUCUCCCCACGCUAUUAAAAAUCAUUGAACGAUUUGUUAAAAAAAAGGCUCCUAUCGUUGCUGUCCAAAUAUUCUCACUUCCCAUGAGUUUGGAUUUUUGAAUAACAGAUGCACAAAUGACGCUAUGUUUUCUCUUUUUAAUAAUGUGUACUUCAGCCUGAACAACCAUCAUUCAACAGCGACAAUCUUUUGUAAUUUUUCGAAAGCAUUUUGGUUGUGUAAAUCACAACAUCCUAAUUAAUAAGUUACAGUAUUACGGAUUCAGAGGUAUGCUUCUUGAAUGGCCAGAAAUCAGCUUGUAAGGGUAGAUUCGACGAUGUCUUCUUGCAAGCCAAUUGAAUGGGGAGUACCUCAGGGAUCUGUUUAAGGCCCUAUAGUGUUUCUGCUGUUUAUCAACGACAUUGCUAACCUGAAUUCUAGUUAACUAAAUGCAAAAGAACUACUGCAUAAAUUGGAAUUAACAACAGGUCUGAUAAAAUCGGGUAGCCGGUUUUGUCGAACUCGUAAAUAAGACAUUAAAUUUUGAGGUUAUAAAAUAAUAAUUAGGUUACAAGUAUUAAAAUGGUGAUUAGUUAUUCAGUAGAGGAAAAAAAAUUAUAAACUCCCCUUAAUAAUCGAAUUUGCCUUUGGUUUUGUCAAACUCUUCCCUAAAUUAAUCUUCCUAGGGAUAUCUGAUUUUUUUUUAUAAGAUAAAUUUGCGCCACUAAUUUUUCAAAUUUGUUUUUGCACAAAGCAACUAACUAUACAACUUUUAGAGCUGUUGAACUUUUUCGUGGUAAUUUUAGAUGCUUAAUGCAAAAACAGAUGAAUUAAAAGAACAAUGUCGCACAUUUUUAUUUAAUUUUUUUGAAAUUAUUUCAGCUGUCCUUUGGGAAGCCACUGGGCUUAAUAAAUUCAAGUUCACGCUGCCAAGUUUAAAGAAAAAUGGCCAAACCAUUAAGAUUCACGAUAAACGAUUAUUUUAACAAAUAUUUGACAUCCCGUAUCUUGAAAAGCAAGCAUUAUUGGAACUAUGCUUGUAUAAACUUUUUUUCUUAAAAUCUAUCAAAAAAUCUAGCCUUGAUGCUUAGUUACAUAAUUAACGAAAACCUAUUUACUCAACUUCUAUUAUAAAUUAAAACGGCAUAUUACUGCAUCAUUACAUUUUAAUUCAAUGUACAACUUUGAUAAAAAAUAUAUUGUAUAUUUACUAAUAAAA